AUGCUCUCACUCAUUCUCACGGCACUCCUCUCGACGGCAUCGGCCGCGCCAGCUGGCAUUGUCGGAAGCACAUACGCCGACGUCUACCCGCCCGGCAGCACGACCGUUGAUCGCGGCCUAUUCCCCGACCGCACUGUGGUUGGCUACCCUCACGUCACGCGCACGGGCGCGCAACCGUAUGCGAUAGUGACCUCGCCAGCGGACCAGUUCCCAAAGGUGCAGCAGGCGUUUGGCCCGGUAGUCCUCCCCGAAGCUAGGAGCUCGCGUGGAGGCAAGGGCAAGAACAGCGACAAUGGCAAUGGCAAGAAGAAGGGCAAGGGAAAGAAGGACAAGGCUGGUCACCUCAAGGCUUCGGGCGACCUUGCCUUCCUCAACAACUGGACGUACAAGCUCGGCUCUGAUAUUUUGGUGCCCUUUGGCCGGCAGCAGCUGUACGAGCUGGGUGUGCGAUCGCGGAUUGCGUACGGCCAUCUGCUCAACGACUUUACCGAGCGGGGCGAGCUGCCCGUGUUCAGGACGGGGAGCAUUGACCGCAUGGUCGAGACAAUGGAGGCGUUUGGACAAGGGUUCUUUGGACGUGACAGCCAGAAGCAAUUUUCCAUGUCGAUUGCGAUUGAGGAGAAGGGUAUCAAUGCGACCGUGUACCCCGGCGGCGGCACGUGUCCCAACUCGGACCGGGACGUCGUCGCGAGCAAGCUCGGCAUGGCCGAGUACGUGAACCGCACGUUUGCGGGUACUGCCAAGCGGCUUCAGAAGGACUUGGAGGGGUACACCAUCACGCCUGGCGACGUGCACACGCUCAUGUCGCUGUGUUCGUACGAGACGCUCGCGCUGGGCUACUCUGCCUUCUGCCCUCUGUUCACGCACGACGAGUUUCUCGACUACCAGUACGCAUGGGACAUCAUGUUCUUCUACGGCAACGGCCCCGGCGGACAGACGACGGCUGCCCAGGGAAAGGGAUGGGUGCAAGAGUUCCUUGCGCGGCUCACGCACACGCCCAUCGAGGGUUACGACAGCAGCACCAACUCGACGCUCGACGGCAAUCCGGAGACGUUCCCCCUGAACCAGAGCAUCUACGCCGAUGCGUCGCACGACUCGUAUAUUAUGAGCACGUUUACGGCGAUGAACCUGCCCAUCCACGGCGGCGCCCUGCCGCUGGACAAGCGCGUCGACGGCCGCGUCUUCACAUCCUCUGCGCUCGUGCCGUUCAACACCAACUUUGUCGCGCAGGUGCUCUCCUGCGAGGGAAUGGAGGGCCAGCAGAUCCGUUUCAUCAUCAACGACGCGGUGGUGCCGCUGCACGAGAAGUAUGACGGAUGCGAGGAGGACGAGGACGGAAUCUGCUCCUUGCACGCGGUUGUCGAGGCGCUGCAGAAGCGCGUGGCCGAGAUUGACUAUACAGCCUCGUGUCGCGGUGACAUCACCAAUAUCACGGACACGGCACAGCUCAAGGACAGCAACGGGUUGCCGUACUAG